CGGAUGCUGCUGGGGACCGCGCUGCGCUGCUUCCUGGCCGCCCGGAGCCUGUCCGCGAUGUCAGCGCCGGAGCCAGGGUCUGAGCCCCGGCGGGAGGAGGACUCCAGCCCCGGGGAGAGUACUGACCGCCUGCUCCCGGAGCUGAGAGCCGUGGCCGGGGCUCUGAGAGCGGCUCGCAGCCCCGAGCAGCAGCGGCAAUGCCUGGCGGAGAUGCAGAGCCUGGUGGAUGGGGCAUGGGCACUGCCCGGGCUCGGCAGGGACCUGGCAUCCGCUCUGUGUGAGCAGCUCCGCCUGGAGCGGGUCCUCGAACUCUUGCUGCAACUGGUCCACGGGCCGGAGCUACUCUCCCGUUAUCCCGCAGCAUCCCUCCUGGAACAGGUCCUCAUCCCCGGCAACAGGGACUGGGUGGCUCGCUGUGGCCUGGGCGUGAUUCUGGAUUUGGCCAAUGACCGUGAAGAUGCCCAGCUGGCGAGGGUGCUCUCUGGGAUCCUGCAGCACAUGUUCAAACACACCGAGGGUACGUCCCACCUGCUCAUCACCAACGGGGGCCUGGACUACAUCCUGUACUGGUGCCGCAGCCAGGACCCCACUAUCCUGCAGCACUGUGCCAUCGCCCUUGCCAACUGUGCCAUGCACGGUGGGCCGACCAACCAGAGGCUGAUGAUCGAAAAGAAGACCGCGGAUUGGCUGUUCCCGCUGGCCUUUUCCAAGGAUGAGCUGGUGCGGUUUCAUGCCUGCCUGGCCAUCACUGCUCUGGCAACCAACAAGGAGCUGGAGAAGGAGGUGGAGAGCUCAGGUACACUGGAUCUGGUGGAGCCCUUCAUCGCCUCCCUUCACCCCGAAGAGUUUGCCAACAACUGGCUGCACAGCAGGGACAAUGCCCAAGGCCGCAAUGCAGAUGACCUCCAGCGGUUGGUACAGCUCCUGGACAGUUCAAGGGUCGAGGCACAGUGUAUGGCCACUUUCUACCUGUGUGUCGAAACUGACAUCAAAUUACAGCAGAAAAAGACCCAGAUAUUCCAUGAAAUUGGAGCCAUAUCAGGUCUAAAGAGACUGGUCAGUUACUCCAGCAAUGCCACCGUCUCCACGCUUGCCAAGAAAGCGCUGGAGCUGAUGGGGGAGGAAGUCUCAAAGCAGCUCUCCCUCAAUGUCCCAAACUGGAAAGCUGCUGGAGUUCACACCUGGCUGCAGCAGAUUGGAUUCAGCAUUUACGGCGAGAGAUUCCUGGGUCUACAGGUUGAUGGGGAUCUCCUGCUACUGAUAACAGAUUCGGAAUUACGGGAAGAUGUGGGAAUGUCAUCCAGCAUAACCCGCAGAAGGUUUCUCAGAGAAUUGAAGGAAUUAAAGACUUAUGCUAACUAUUCAAGCUGUGACCCAAGUAACCUGGCUGAUUGGCUGGGGAGUAUUGACCCUGGCUAUCGGCAGUAUACCUACAAUCUGGUGCAUUGUGGGAUUGAGCAGGCCACUUUACACUCCGUGACAGACGAGCAGCUCGAGUUGGAUUGUCGGAUUGAGACAGGAUUCCAUCGAGCGAGGAUCCUUGCUGCAGCACAGGAGUCGCUGCCUCCCAGUGGGGGUGAAGUCUUGCAGCUGCCAUCCACUGAAGACCCCGAUGUCUUCAUCAGUUAUCGACGGAUGACUGGCUCCCAGCUGGCCAG